AUGGCUGAAGAAACAGAAAUUCCUACACCGGAACCAGUGAAGAUAUCAGUAUUCACCCCAUUGAUUUACGUAGGGUUGUUGUUGACAAUCUUUGCCGUAUUUUCCAUCUACUACCGUAAAAGAAGGGUCGAGAAGUUUAAAGAGGUUAAGCCAAUAUUCAAGGAAAAUUAUAAUGCGCUUGUAUAUCAGCAGCUCAAGAGCCAAUACAAUGACAAGGAUACGCCGAAAGAAAAGAGGCCACACGAGAAGCUUUUGAAAGCCGCUUUGUUGAGAAGAGCCGUGGAAGCCAUCAGAAGAUCCAUGAAGUUGAAGGAGAAUGAGCCAGUUUUCAAUAAGCUCUAUCAGAAUGGGUUGAUUGGGGACGAUCUAUUUAAGCAAUUGGAGUUUGAAAUGAAAUUCCAGGAGAUUGAGUUGAAGGAAAUUGUUGUUGAGUGUGAGCUGUAUAAGAAGGGUUGGGCACAAACAUUUUUUCCCUUGGCUCAGGAGAUCUGUUUCAACGAAGCGUUGAGGCGCAGAUUGAAUGCUAUGGAAGCAAGAUCCGACGACUUGGCAGCUUUAUGGGAUUACAAGGCAGAUAUCAGUGGGAAGUGA